GGUCAAAUUGAAGACAUCCAAGCUCACUUACAGCAAGUUCAAAGAUCGUUACAAUCUUCGGGCUCUCAUUCCUCUGAGAUGGAUUUGCGACUUCAACUGGAUUUUUUGUUACAAAAGCAGGAAUUAUAUUGGGCUCAACGGUCUAAACAACAAUGGCUGCAUUUGGGAGACCGCAAUACAAAUUUGUUUCAUCAAAUGGCCUACUGGAGGCGGAGUCAAAACCGUAUCUCGUGUAUUCAGGACAAAGAUGGGACUGUGCUGACUCAUCCGCAGGACAUUCAACGGGCUUUUGUGGAGCAUUUCCAGCAACUCUUUUCACCUUUACCGGACUCCAACAACUUGCACAUGGACUCUCUGGACUCAGAUUUUCCGCAACAACGGAUUGUUGUCGAUGGGUCUUGGAUCUCGGUUACGGACAGAACUGGGUUGGCUUGGGUUUGGCUGGAUGCCGAUAACCACAUUGUCAAGCAUGAAGCCAUUUUGGGGCCUCCUAUGCUCUCUACUCAACAAACAGAGGCUGCUUCGGUUCUCCAUGCAAUGCGUUGGGCAUCCCAACAAGGUAUCCAGUGCCUCCUCUUGCAAACCGAUUGCCUGGUUUUGGUGCAACUUCUGCAUACCUUUAAGCAACAAUAGUGAUUGGCAGCUUCACUCUCUUUUGAGUGAUAUUUUGUUAUGCUCUAAAAAGUUUGUAUAUGUUGUCCUAGAAAAAGUAGACAGAGCCGAGGUACACUCUGCUCACUCUCUUGCAACUUCUGUAAGAAAUGCUUCUGAUAAUUAAUGCAAUCUCUAAGCUG